ACCGUGCUCAGUACUGAAGUGCGUCCUACGGGUGUCGAUUAACUUUAUCAUGAAUUUGGCUACUACCUCGCUCUGAUGGGGGCAACGAAUCCUUUAUAAUCGACAUUGUCUGCGGUACAUGGGGAUACGAUCAACUCACCCCUGUGUGCACGAAAACAGAUCCGCUCAUGGAGGAUCUCAUUAAAUUUGAACUACCAAAGCUACAACUUCUUCAGGAUGCGAAUGAAAUAAGCUACAAAGAAUGGCGCCGCCGCCGCAGACAAGAGCACCCCAACGGAUGCGAAACGGCAUCAGUACAAGCCCCAAUACAUGAGGGCAUCGUGCACUCUCCAUACAAGAUAUCCGACGUGGUCGAGCUGUCAUUUUUCGACUUCCUCGCAAAAAGCAUCCGCUCCCACGGAAAGAAAAUUGCACUGGCCGAUGAACACAGAAUGGUCACCUAUGAAGAACUCAUGAAAAAUCUCCGCUGCUGCGCCGCGCUGUUUCAAGCGCACGACGUUGGUCCGGGCGACAAAGUGUACUGUCAUUUCGGCAACAGCAUCGAAGCUUUUGUGGCGCUCUACAGCAUCGCUGUUGCCGGGGCAACCGUAGUGCUGAGUGAUCCUGAAUACAAAGAAGGAGAGGUUCAACAACACUUAGAAACUAGUGACGCAACACAUGUUGUCACCGAUCUGCGUCACUCAGCCAAGUUCAACCCUAGAGACCUACGAAGCCGCAUCAAGGCGUAUUUUGCUGUCGAUGACGUACCAGGGUUCAUAUCUGUUUCGAAUUAUGGCAUCUACAACGAAGAUGAUUUCCGAGAAGUCAAAAGGAAUCCUGAACGCGUACUCGUCAUGGCUAACACUUCUGGAACAACCGGUCAAUCUCAAUGCGUUGAAAUCACGGAAGAGCGAUUUCUUCGAAAAGUGUGCGGAAUGGA